GUUGAAAAGCCGUUGCAGUUCUUCAUAGUGCCAUUGAAGUGAGUCAUCUCUAGGAAGUGUGGUGAAAAAGAAAAGAAAAAAGUUAGAACUGUUCCGUGAACAGCAGAGAGCUCAGAUAUAGUGCAGUAGUCGGCAAGGCGACGGAAAAUAUUUAGCAGAUUAGCCAGGCAAUCGGCUUGAAAGCGACUGUUAACCUGCGUGAGUCACUCUCUAACUACAGGUUCGCUUGUCUCAACUGGAUUUGACUGCUGAAGGUGUGCUACUGACUUUAGGUUGAAGUUUGCGCACCUGAGAGGAUCUACAAUAGUGUAGUUUAGGUCUACCUGCGGCUCCAGAAUAAUAAAAGCACAAUCAGAAAGAGCCUUUACAAGCAGGAAGCACACGAGAAAAUAGUUAUUCUAACUGGCAAUAUCUCUACGAUGUUUUAGGGUUAGUUUAGAUGAGCAUAAUUGCACUUAUUGCCAACUCUUCUCUGGAUAUCCCAAAUUAACAACGUCUCGAGUCAGAGGAUCCUUUUCGUUUUGUGCCUUUUUACUGCGAGGAUUUAAAAAAGAGUGGGGCUUUCAGAUUCAAACAGUCUACUGAAAUCUUCCUCUUCCCUGGACCAUGUACCAGGACUACUCCGGGAACUACGACACGUCGUCCCGCGGCAGCAGCACCUCUCCGGCCCAGCAGGAGUCUUUCACAAGCGGCAGCAGCACGAUCGGAAGUCCGAUCUCUACCUCAAGCUACCAGAAGUACAGGGUCGACAUGCCCGGCUCCAACAGUGCCUUCAUCCCCACCAUCAAUGCAAUCACGACCAGCCAAGACUUACAGUGGAUGGUGCAGCCGACCGUCAUCACCUCCAUGUCCAACCCUUACUCCCGUUCCCACCCGUACGGCCAUCACCUGCCCAACGGGCCGGGGAUGCUGGGGCACAACACGCUGGCUCGGCCCGGGGUCAUCCGAUCCAUCGGGGACGCCAGGGGCCGACGCAAGAGAGACGAGCAGCUCACCCCGGAGGAAGACGAGAAGAGGAGGGUGAGGCGUGAGAGGAAUAAGUUAGCUGCCGCCAAAUGCCGCAACCGCAGGCGAGAGCUCACAGAGAUGCUGCAAGGGGAGACUGAAAAGCUGGAGGAGGAGAAAGCAGACUUGCAGAAGGAGAUCGAGAGCCUUCAGAAGGAGAAAGACAAGCUGGAGUUCAUGCUGGUCGCCCACAAUCCUGUGUGCAAGGUCCCCAUCGACGAGCGCCACCCAGCAUCAGGGCACCCGCAGCACCCGCAGCACCCGCAGCACCCGCAGCACCCGCAGCACCCGCAGCAUCCGCAGCAUCCGCAGCACCCACAGCACCCACAGCACCCACAGCACCAGCAGCACCAGCAGUGCGCCCCCCUCCCGCUGACCAUGCGCCCCAACAUGGGCCCCCGGGCUCAGAUAAACCACGUGGUAGUGAAGCAAGAGCCGGAUGACAGCGAGGAUGUGGGCAAGCCCCAGCGCUCCGUCAUCAAGCCCAUCUGCCUGGGUGGAGGCCUUGUGAGUGGAGGGAUGUACUGCACAGAUGGAGACAGCCUGAACACGCCGGUGGUGGGGGCAUCCACCCCGGCCGCCACACCCAACGCCCCGAGCCUCAUAUUCACCUACCCGAGCAUACUGGAGCCCGAGAGCCCCUCGCCCUCCUCCGAGUCCUGUUCCAAGGCCCACCGGCGGAGCAGCAGCAGUGGGGAUCAGUCGUCAGACUCCCUCAACUCGCCCACCCUCCUGGCCCUCUGAGCGGGGGCUCUGCUCGGCACAGCUUAGAAACAAAUACUAUGGCUGACGGCAAGCAUGAGGAUCAACUGCCCCCCCCCCCCCCCCCUUAGUGUCUUUUUAAAGACCCAAGAGCACAUUCAAAAGUCCAGACCAAGGUGACCAUGUGAGCCGUUCUCCACAGGGAGACCCACAAGGGCUACGCCGCGUGUUUCUUCUUGUUCUGCUUUACUGUAAGAAAACAAAUUAUAGAAAUUAAAAUAUUCAUAAGAGUGUUUGCACCAAUCCUAAAAAGUGUCGCCCCUUUGCCAUUUCAUCUCCAGAGUGUCGACUGUUUUACUGGGAAGACCAUUCUGAAGAAGAAGAUAAGUCUGGCAUUCGUGAGCUGAUGUGACUAGAGAGUGCGUUCUUAAUAUAUAUUUUUUAAAAUGUUUAAAAAGCCAUGCGGCCGAUACUUGCACUCCGCUAAGACGAAUCGAUAAAUCACUAAACGAGGUCAGCAUUCUACUGGAAUUUCUACUGGAGGAGAGAACGAGACAAUGAGCAAAGACGUCCUCUCAUCUCCUUUUCCAUUUAGAUUCGUCCUUUCGUAACUUGGACCUUGAGUCAGGAAUCGCUACUAAGAGUGUGUACACAUUUCCGACGCUAUUUCCAUCUUUUUAAUUGUAUUUAUGGCCUGUGCUGAUUACAUUUUACAAAGUGUUUUGUUGAGACAUUGUCCUCUCCUUAAUCUGCCUGUAGAAAAGCAAAACGGUCAUCCACACGGUGGCCAAAGCCCUCCUCAGUGUUGCAAAGGAUACGAGCCAACUUUCAAUCAAUGACUAGUUCCUCAAUACUCUAUACCUUCUCUUUUGCCAUAGUGGCUUGACUUUACAGUAGUAUUGGUGUGCUUUUCCUCAGUGAUUCUGUACCUGAACUUUACAACCUGUUUAUGACAAAGUGUAUGUGAUUUACAUUGAUGUCAGGGAUAUCUCUCAUGUGUAGUAGAACGUUGCACGAGCGCGGGCUGUCGUACGGUCUCGUGUUGCAGAGGUGGUAAUAUAUCGCUUCAUCGUGUCACAUCGAGGAAGUCUUAGACGUUAAAGUUUGAACGAACCCCUCCUGCGCCGGAUUCUCUCUGACCUUCUUUCUGUGGUUCUCUAAAUAAAGGUCUUACCUUUUUUCAACACUGCCUCUCAGGACAGGUCAGGUUUCAAAAGAGCCAAAAAAGGUUUGUUUGACACAUCCUGUAAUUCGUCCGUCUUUGUCUAAAAAGGAGGGAUUUUGCUCAAAUUUGAAAAAAGCCACUGUGGUCUAGACUGUCGCCAGCUGCCAAUGAUGUCAACCCUGUUUAUACUGUGUUUGUAAAUCUGUCACUUUUAGUAAAGAAAUGAUGUUUAAAUUGAAGUCAGAUGUGCUGAUUUACGGAUGUACGAACAUUUGCCAACAUGGAGGUACUCUGUAGAGACUUGGUGGAAGCCGUGUUGGCUUUAAACAAAGGGCCAGACGCAGUUAACUUUUUGACAAAAAGGAAGGGAUAAAUGAGAAAACUCUUUUUACAGCUGGCCUGGGAUGAAAGAGGGGACACCUUGAAGUUCUAUGAAGCACUUCUUUUUCAUUUUUACAUGAGUGUAUCUUAAAGGGAUGAGGGUUUUCAAUACUGUGCACUGAGAAGGAUACACAGCGAUAUUUGGGACUUUUUUGUUUACUUCAAACAUUCCUAAUGAAUAUAAUGUCAGGGGUCAAAGGGCGGGGGGGUGUCAUCUUUGCUCGAACCCUUUUUGUUAUCAAUAAAAAUUCAUAAAAGACUUUUGUUGUGCUGGAUGCAGAAAAUGGACUUUGCAAUUCAAUACAAGCUGCUGCUACUUUGGAAAGAACAUGUAGGCUGUUUAUCUUUAGAUGGGUUUAACAUCGCUGGCUGUGAUGUCACACGGAUGCAACGGGGAAUCUUUCAUCCCGUACGACAACAUAAAGCGGUGAAAUGAUAACCAAAAACAUUACUGUGGGCGAGUGAUAUGUCUGUAUGUUGAAAUAUUCUGGAGCCCCUCGACACACAUAGGAAAGCCAUUGACUGUAGAUCUGCUGUACAUGUCAUCUACUGUCUGUCGCCUGUUUUCAACUACUAUUACUUCUUUUCCAAACGCUUUAACUGUUUAGAAUGAUUCAAAAUUAAUAAAAAAACAGCAAUAUGUAUAGCAGUGUUUGUUAAUUUAAAUGAAUAAUAAUAAAUAAUAAUAAUUUUCAACCUGAAA